AACCAAGGAAUCGAGGACUUAUAACAACGACUUCAUCAUUCAGUUCUACCCGAUUUUGUUCUUGUCGCAACAGUCGGUGGCCGACCUUGCACCAUGACGAAACCCCAGGGUACUGGUGGGAAGAAGAAGAACCAGUUGACGCUCGCUCAGCUGGCUGCUUACGAUGAUAUCUUGACGGAUGCGCUCGUUGAUCAUGCGUACUACUGGACCACCAUCCCCAAGAACCGCACAUCCUACCACCCAUCUAGGGGCAUCAAGGAGGAGGAGAUCACGAAAAUCCUCCAGAACCACCUAAUCGUCGAUCCCGACAUUGCGACCGCCCAAGAGAAACUGCUUGCGACCGACGGACUCAAAAGGUUCUGCAACACGCUCAAGACACCCCGAGAACAAAAUGACUUCAAAGCGCACCUACGCCGAUACAUGUCCAUCUACCUCCCCGACUGCCCCUUUGAGGUCAACGCGACAAACCGCUACACAAUUGUUACGUACGAGGCCAGCAUCACGGCCCGCCGCUUCAUCAAGCGCAAUGAGACAAUCAAGUAUCUGGCUGGCAUUCAGGUGGUGAUCACGCCAGAGGAGGAAUUGGACAUGUCGUUGCGCAAGAAGGACUUUAGUCUGAUUGUGAGCAGCAGGAGCAAGUCCACCAGCUUGUUCAUGGGUCCCGCGCGGUUUGCCAACCAUGACUGCAAUGCGAAUGCUAGGCUCAUUACCAGAGGGCAGGCAGGCAUUGAGAUCAUUGCGUGCAGGAACAUCGAGGUGGGCGAGGAGAUUACUGUUACGUACAGCGAGAGUUACUUCGGCGAAAACAACUGCGAUUGCUUGUGUGCGACAUGCGAGAGCAACUUGAGGAACGGCUGGAGGCCAGUGGACGGGGAAGCGGUGGUCCAGGAGAGUAUCGAGGACGAGCAGCCGACCGAUUCAUCAACACCUUAUUCGUUCCGGAGGAAGAGGCGAUAUGGAAGUAGCGCUCUUCAGGCUUCGCGCACUCCUUCAGUUACGCCCGACAUGCGUCCGCGCGUUAUGCGCAAGUCACAGAGCCAAAUGAUGUUGGGUGAGAGGACGUCGACGACGGAUUCCGGUGCUCAGGGACAAGGAGCAGAUGGUCAGAGCCGCAAGCGGGCGUUGGAAAUGGGUACGCCCCCCUUCACGCCUACCAAAAAGCAAAGAACCACGCAGUACCCGGUUGUCCCGAUUGCUCUUUCGACAGCGCCUUCCAGAGGAAGUUCGGAUAACGAAACCAGCCGGAGCCCUCUUUCGUUUAGCACGACUAAUGAUAACGUUACGGACGCCACGUCUCAGGGCAGUGAAAGCCCGGGACCUAUCAUUCUCUCACCAGAACCGACUCCUAUUAAGCAGGCGAUAGGUCUGUUGAAGCAGGAGGAGGGCGUCAACGAGGUUGCCGUUCAGCAGGUCCCAGAAGCUUUCACUCCGCCGUCUAGCCAACCAACAGAGGAAGAGCCGCCGGUGGUGCGCCCCACAUUUGAGCGUUUGGCUGCGCGAGAUAGGAUGAGCAUAGCCAACCUCAUUUCAGGCCCCUCGAGUCCUGCUCCGCCUAUUGUUGUCUCGGUAGCAGAGGUGACAACGCAUAGGCCGAAGCCUCAGACUCAGCAGGUUCAGAAAACAGAGCAGGUCACUGCGAUCAGCGUCGCUCAAACGUCCACGAUGGAGGUUGUAGAAGCUCCAGUCCAAAAGGAGGCUCCGGUCAUCAAGACCGAGAGCCCAGUCAAAGCUAUUGUUGGCCAAGUCGAGAAAAUCACACAAGUUCAGACUACAACAAAAUCAUACACCCCCUCGAAGCCCAAGGCGCAAACCACCGCUUUCCCACAACACCUCAUUCCAGUACCAGCAGCCCCCCGUGGCCGCGUUCCUCGCGACUACACCCUCACGCCCCUCCUGCUCUCGGAGCCCGAAACGGCCUGGAUCAUGUGCACCCAUUGCGCCUCGGCAUUCGUCCAAAAGAACGCCUACCUGACCAAGUCCACUUGCCCCCGGUGCGAGCGACACUCCAAGCUGUACGGCUAUAUGUGGCCCAAAACGGAGAAACUUGGCCCGAACGACAAGGAGGAGCGCAUCCUCGAUCAUAGAAUGAUCAAUCGGUUCCUUACUGCUGAGGAGGAGGCGAGAGCACGUGGAAGGGUGUAUUGGAGAGAGAGGAUGGGAAGCAAAGGCAAGCAGCGCUCUUCAGCGCCCCCUACAGAAAAGAAGGGAACUCCUAGUGGGGAAAAGAAAGAGCAACCAGUGAAGAAGGAGACGGGUGUUGGUCAUGGCUACGUCCAGGAGCGGUUUGCCGUCCGCAAGAAGGUCAAGGUCCAGGUCAGGAGCACGGUGCCGACGCCUGUGAUUGUGACUAAGAAGGAUGAGGCGGCCGAGGCGGCUGCGUUGGGAUUGAGGAGGACUGGAAGGGCGAGGAGGGUCAGUGCCAAGCUUGCUGAUUGUGAGCUGGACUUUUGAUGCCAAUGAGGAUAUGAAGGGCGAGCAUGGAAAUAUGAAAGACGAGUAAUGGUUUUUGGCUGCGAUGGACAAUGUGGUUGCAGUCGACGGAUGAAAGCCAGCGCUGGUGUUAAUCGUAGUGCGAUGAAUUAGGUAUAUGGGUAACAGCAUAUUAGCGUAGGCGUCAAUUGAGCUGUGUUCAGACACGGAAUGUCAUAUCA